AUGGGCAUUGUUCUCGACUCUCAAGUUGUUCUGGGAGAGAUCGUGAAGAGGCGAUGUAUCGCUGACGUCACCGCCCCUCCCCACAAGAAGUUUUUGUCACUUCAACAAACCAUCCCAGCAGCAACGAUAGCACACAUGGCGGAUACUUGCGCAGCUGAUCGGUCUGCUCCUUCACAAAGACCCGCAGAUGAUGUUGCGGCUUCCGUCAACGAUGGCAAAAUACACUUACUCUUAGCCGCGACCGGAUCCGUUGCGACAAUAAAGCUACCAAAUAUCAUCUCCUCGCUGUCAAAACACCCCAACCUUUCAAUUCGAGUCAUCCUUACCAAGGCUGCGGCACGGUUCCUCACGCAGACCCUGGAAAAGCCUUCACUAACGUCGAUUGCGUCGCUCCCUAAUGUUGAUUCCGUGUAUGAGGAUGAGCAUGAGUGGGUUACGCCGUGGUCGAGAGGCACGGAAAUUCUCCAUAUCACCCUGCGCCGCUGGGCUCAUAUGAUGGUUAUUGCACCACUAAGUGCAAAUACUCUGGCAAAGGUGGUUAAUGGCAUAUCUGAUACACUACUCACAAGUGUGAUACGAGCGUGGGACACAACAGGGACCAUUGAUGGGAAAAAAUCUAGGAUCAUUGUGGCUCCAGCGAUGAACACAGCAAUGUGGGUGCACCCUAUUACGGCGCAGCAGGUGCGUGUUUUAGAGGAGGAUUGGGGCGUCAAGACUAUUAACGCUAAGGAUGAAGAGAGUGGCGUUGCUCAACAGGGCUGGUUCGAAGUGCUCCGCCCGAUUGAUAAGACUCUUGCUUGUGGAGAUGUGGGAACUGGUGCCAUGCUAGAGUGGACCGAAAUUGUUAAGAUUAUCGAGAACAGGCUCUCUCUUUCUAGCUGA